GAGGAUGUAGUACGCCGUUUAAGAGAAUUACAACCACAGUUGAAUGAUAAUAAAUUUAAUCAAGAUGAAAUUAACUCAAAGGCCAACAUGGUAGAUCGCGAAAUGCAAGGGAUAAGACGGCAACUCAGAGAACUUGAUGACGUAAAACGGCGUCGUCUUGAAACCAUUCGACGCGUUGAUUAUCAAACUUUUCUAGCUUAUGAAUGGUUGCAGCAAAAUCAGGACAAAUUGAGUGGACGCGUUUUUGGACCAGUUUGUAUGGAAAUAAACAUUAAAGACAUGCAAUAUGCUGAUGCAAUAGAGAAUGCGUUGGGGAAUGUUAAUAAGACAUUCGUAUGUGAAAUGGAACAAGAUUAUCAUACUAUUACCAGAGAACUCUGCGAUAAUCGCCGCAUGAAAAUAAACGUUUUUUGUCCUAGAGCAACCAUGGAUUCGUUUCCCCCUCCUAUACCACAUCAGCAGCUUAGAUCCUAUGGUUUUGUAAGCUACCUUCUGGACCUAAUAGAAGCACCUCCACAGCUGCAAGCCGCACUUUGUGAUACGUCCAAAUUGCAUACGAUUCCUUUGGCGAGGAAUGAGUCGGAUAUCAACCAUGACGUUAUUAAAAGCAACAGGGCUUUUUUUAAAUAUUAUGCUGGAGAAACGUCUUAUUCGGUUUCGUUUUCUAAAUAUGGUCAAAGAUUUUCACAAGUCUUCACGAACAGAAUAAAACCAUCGAGAUUCUUCACCGCAACAAUGAACAUUGAAGAAAAGCAUGAGCUUGAGAGGCAGCUCUAUGAAUGUCAGGCAAGGCUAAAUCAAUUUGACCAAUCGCUUUCUGAUUUAAAGAAAGAGCAUGGGAAUAUCCAAAAAUCCAUUGAGUUGUUGCAAAGUGAACGGAAUGCAAUAAAUGAAGAAAAACGCAAAAAUCAACGUGCAGUAAACGAAUUCGAAAGGCUGAAAGUUAGACUCGGAUCAAAAAGAGACCAAUUGCAGCGCGAGCUUGAUCAACCCGCUUCGAUUAUGAACGAAGAAAAUGAAUUAAGGAAAGAAUUUAGUAAAAUCGCCAAAAAACGAGGACAACUUGUUAUACAGUUUAAGAAAAUUAUGGAAGAAAGUAUGCAACUAUUUUCAGGACGAAUUUUAGCGACAUUAAAGCAUAUGCAAGCUUCAGCGGAUCUUAAUGCAUUAGAAAGACAAACUCAAGACAGAGAUGAUGCACUAAAACAGGCUCACACAAAGUUUAAAGAAGCUGAUGCAAGGUUUAAUAGUGCCAAAUCAGAAGCAAAGCGUUUGCUUAACGAAGCGAAUGCUGGAAUUGAGGGCAUUGAUGCAGAGACCAGUCGCGCAUUACAAGAACUUAGUCAAGGAAUGACACUUGAAGAGCUUGAAGAUGCUGUUGCAAGUGAACGUGCUAAAGCUGAUUUACACUACGCAGUUGAUUCACGUGUUAUUGAAACAUACGAUGCAAGAAAAGCUGAGAUCGAUUCAAUCAAAUCUAGGUUGGCAAUCAAGACAUCCCGAUUGGCGAAAUUGACUAGUGAUAUAACAACUUUGAAAGAAAAAUGGGAACCUCGAUUAAAUUCUUUAGUUAAAGAAAUUAGUAAAGAGUUUUCUAAUGCAUUUGAUCGCAAGUAUCCUUGUAUUGGAUGUGCUGGUGAGGUUCGUGUCAGUACCCACGAAGAUUAUGAUAAGUGGGGUAUUGAUAUUUUGGAUACUGAUAAAGGAUCUGUAAAUAGAGAUAAUGAAAGGCUUCAGGUAUUGACAGGUCAAAGACAGUCAGGCGGCGAACGGUCUGUUUCAACUAUAAUGUACUUAAUGGCACUACAAGAGCUAUCUAAGACUCCAUUUAGAGUUGUUGAUGAAAUAAAUCAAGGAAUGGAUCCUCGUAAUGAGCGAUUGGUUCACAGUCAGAUGGUUCAGACUGCUUGUCGACCUAAUACAUCGCAAUACUUUUUAAUUACACCAAAGCUUCUACCAGACCUUCAGUAUCAUGAGAGGAUGAAAAUUCUAUGUAUAUAUAAUGGAGAAUGGCAACCUGAAACUAUGAACUGGAGGAAGUAUAUUAAUGAUAAAAAAAAAUCUA